CAACUCAACACACCCUCAAUGACAAAACAUCUUUAUUUUAAUUAUGUAGCUGCCAUGGAUUCCCCUAUCUGCGACUCUACAACACGAGAUAUGACAGACAGACCGAGCCAUUCAUCGCAAGACCGAGAAGAGGAUCCAUGUGCAGCAGAAGAAUCACGUUUCAGUGGAACAGAUCAAGAAUCUGGUCCCAGUGGAGAACGUGAUCAGUGUUCAAGUCAAAGAACAGGUGCCGUAGUUGUUUGUCCAAGCAAGAAAAAGGGUGGGAAAAGAGUGAAUGAUAAGAGACAUUAUUGCUUGUAUUGUUCCAAGCCUUGUGCUAAGAUCGCAAGGCACUUAGAACAUGCACAUAGCGAUAAAUCAGAUGUUGCUCGUGCUGUAAGCUUUCCAAAACGCUCAACUGAAAGAAAAAUGCAAUUGGAUUAUAUUCGGAACAAAGGAAACUACGCCCAUAAUGCUUCUGCUAUGGAGUCAGGAAAGGGAGAAUUGGUGCCAUUCAAACGUCCUCCUACAAAGUCAGAGGGAAAUGACUUUAUGCACUGUGUAUACAGUCAGGGACUUUUCUUGCAUCACAUUCUCUGGAAACACAUGAGUAAUUGUAGACUCAAACCUGGAUCUGUUGCCCCCAUGCCAGGAAAGAGCUGUGUUCAGAACUUGUGUACAUACGCAGGACCUGUGCCGACAAGCACGAGUGAAGAGCUGUGGAGAGUAAUUGCUGCCAUGAAUCCUGGCCCAAUUUCUCACAUAAUAAAAAAUGACCAACUCAUUAUUGAAUUUGGGCAACACUUAUUAAAUAAAAGAGGGACAUCGGCCAAGAACAACGAGCUUGUGCGACAGAAGAUGCGGGAAUUGGGAAGGUUGAUUCAAGGUGCCAGAAGAGUGACUUCCUUGAAGAAUAUGAAGGAUCUCAUUAAUCCAGUGAAGUACAUGCAGACUGUUCAAGCCGUCAAGUUCACGUGCGGAUAUGAGAGUAAAUCAAACAGCUUCUUGAUUCCGUCACUAGCAAACAAACUAGGACACUCAUUAGUUAAAAUAUGUAAACUCCUAAAAGCGAAGGGUUUACUCCCAAACGAUGAGAAGCUCGUUAAGGAUGCCACCAAUUUUGAAGCGGUCCAUCAGGAAAAGUGGCAUGAGUUGAUUUCAGCUACAGCGUUGAGAAAAAUCAGGGAAGCAAAGUGGAAUGUGCCCAGUGUCAUGCCCUUCACAAAAGACGUACAAAAGCUGCAUGCAUAUCUCACUCAAGAGCAAGACAAAUGGCACGAAACCCUCUCUGAAUAUUCCUCUACAAAAGCCUGGAAGGAGCUGACAAAGGUGUGUGUUGUCCAGCUCAUCCUCUAUAACCGGCGCAGGGAGGGAGAGGUGUCAAGCAUGCCCCUAUCUGCAUUUGUGUCAAGAGACCCUUCUGAUCCACACGAGGAUGUGGACUGGGCACUCUCUGACAUGGAGAAAAAACUCUCCAGGCACUUCACUAGGAUUGUCAUCAGAGGAAAGUGUAACAAGGGCUACGUUUGUUUUAUAAUUGCUGGAGAUGAUAAAACACUAUGGGUAGACAACGGGUUUCUACUUGGACCAGUAAGGGGACACUAGGUUCGAUUCACUGGAGCCAAUGAUGUCACUAUUGAGGGGGUGGCAUGGGCAAAGAAACAAGACAACAGUUGUAAAAACAAUUAACUUUUACAUCAAACAGACACAGGACAACAAAAUUAUUAUCACAACAACCACAGGGGAAAA